AUGGGAGGUGUCUGCUCGAGAAACAAGGCAGAGUCACCCCGGGCCCCUGACUCUGUGGCCGAAGCUGCUACCGCAGAGGCUGUAACGGAAGCUGUGAAGGACGUCGCGGCGCCGGAGGCCGUGGAGUCCGCAGGGGAAGCAGCCGCUGCGACGACGGGUGGAGCCGCUGCAGUUAACAAAGAGGAUGAAGUAGUCGUGGCUGUGGAUGAAGAGGAUGUGAAGAAAGCGGAGCAAAAACCCAAUGUCAUUGACGAUGCGGCUGCCGUCGUCGUCACAGAGUCACCCGAGCCGGCAGCCGUGAUCCGCCAAGAGAAGGUCGUUACUGAGGAGGGCAAAGAGGGCGAAAUCCGCACGCAUGUUUCAGUUGUGGAAGCGGUGGUAAGCAGCAACAUGACUGCUCUCCCAGAAAAGGUUGAAGGCGUCUCGCCUGAAGACAUGGAACUGCUGCGGCAGGCACACGAGCAGGUCAGGGCAGCCCGGGGCAAUGAGGAAGCAAAAACCAAAACACCGGGGAAAGCGAGCGCAUCUGCUUACGGAUACCUCGUCUAUGUGCCUGAGAAAGGCGGAAGCCUCAUCCUUCUUUGGUCGAAGCACGAGUUGACGCCGGAGGAAGAAGAGAAAGCUGGUAAAGUCCUUCUCGCCUUUGUCCCCGCUCUCCACAAAACUGUUCCGAUGAAGUACGAACAAAAGGGAAACAAGACGGAGCUCUUGACCGGAUUCACGGACAAAUGGAACACCUGGAAGGCGGCUGACAAGCAGAAGUACUACGCAGCAUGGACCAAGGUUUUUAAGACAUGCGAUCAAUACGAGGCUAAAGUAACGGUUCGCGAAUGGACUGAAGAGGCCCCCCCUCAUGUCUUUGUUUCACUUCUUUAUGUCGGACCGCUGGGAAACAAGGUGGCGAAUAUGCCCGAGAACCAGCAGAUGGAUAUCAGCGUCUUCUCACAGAUUGCGGUUGUUCCUGCUGACAAGACCAAAGAGUUCAAGCCGGGGCUUGACCUUUCGGCGAAAAAAUUCCAAGACUUUGCAACCGCAGUAGGCGGCGCAUAUGUAACAUUUGUCCACCGGGGCAAUAAUGCAAUGAUGGGACAGAACGACCUCGUCGCCUGGCUCAAGGAGGACGGGCUCACCGUCACCGAGAAAGAGGGUGUCAUCCGCAUGGACGAGAUAGCGCGUUAA